AUGUCCGAAACUGAAACCAAAGAGGCUAAGAUAGACGUUUGGAGUCAUCAAGCUGCGGGGAACGAUGGAAGGGAUAAUGAUGUUGCACCGGGAGAGAUCAGAGAUAUCGGAGCAGACCUCUACGCUGAAGUUGAUCAACUAACUCCUGAGGAGUUGGAGGAGGAGGGUGUCCGAGUGCGAAAAAUACUAGAUCGACGAAUUAUGCCCAUUGUCUACGUGGUUUAUGUCAUACAGUUCUUGGACAAACUAUCGCUCAAUUAUGCAUCCGCCUACUCCCUAAUUCCCGACCUUGGCCUGGAAGGCCAAAGAUACUCAUGGGUAGCAGCCAUUUUCAAUUUCGGAUAUCUAUUUUGGGCUGUCCCAUCGAACCUCUUAAUACAGCGUCUUCCUAUUGCCAAGUAUCUUGGUGGAAUGAUUCUGAUAUGGAGUGUUCUGGUGAUUGCUCAUAUUGGAGCAAAAAGCUAUGCGGGUAUUCUAGUAUUGAGAUUUCUGCUGGGGAUGGCUGAAGCUGGUGUGAGCCCAUGCAUGAUGAACAUCACGUCCAUGUUUUACAAACGUUCUGAGCAGCCCCUACGCAUGGCCUUCUGGCUUAGUGGCAAUGGCGUUGCGACUAUGGUCGGCGCCCUGUUGGGAUUUGGGCUGGGACAUUCUCACAGUACCAAACUACGCAGCUGGCAGUUAAUAUUCCUAACCAUAGGUCUUCUCAAUUUUGCUUCGGGUUGUAUUUUUCUCUGGAUAAUGCCAGACUCACCUAGUUCUGCGAAGUUCCUGUCUCACAAACAGCGUGUUGUCGCCGUGCAGCGGGUAGCUGAGAACAUGAUAGGGGUGAAGACAAAACAAAUCAAGCCGCGUCAGGCACUGGAGAUUCUAUAUGAUAUAAAUGUUCUCUGUUGCAUUGGGAUCGGGAUUGCAUGCGGUGUCAUCAACGGCGGCGUUUCCAACUUUGCCUCGUCCUUGAUCAAAGGGUACGGCUUCAGUGGCAUCUAUGCCACAGUGCUUCAACUUCCCACAGGAGCCUUUGAAGCAGUCAUUGUACCGAUAUGUGGUCUGAUUGCCACCCGACUUCCUAACUCCCGCUGCUUUGUUCUGGCGGCAGUGUCUCUGAUUCCUUUCGGGGGCCUUCUCGGCAUUCGCUUCACCGACAUCGAUCAUAGAUGGACCCUUGUUGGCUGUACCUGGCUCCAGUAUAUCAUCGGAGCCCCCGUGAUUGUUUCUUGGAAUCUCCUUUCUACUAACGUCGCUGGACAUACGAAGAGAUCCAUCGCCAACGGGAUAUGGUUCACAUUGUAUGCAGGCGGAAAUGUAGCUGGUGCCAACAUCUUCUUCGAACGUGAAGCCCCACGAUAUUACUCUGCUCUGAUGGGGCUUCUCAUCUGCUAUGCAGGAAUCAUUGUCUUGUCAUUCAUCGCAUAUUUCGCUAUGAGACUGGAGAAUAAUCGAAGAGACAAGGCGUACGGGAAUCCGUCCAUGGGAGGGGAAGCUGAUCCCCAGGCCAUCAUGGACGGGUUCAAGGACAUGACCGAUAUGGAGUCGAAGAAUUUCCGAUAUGCUCUUUGA